UAUCGGGCAGUCAAGGAGCUGUUUGAGCGCUUCAAAACAAGCUCUUUUAGUAAAAAUUUUAUUCGUUUUUUGACUGAAAUGAUCGAAGAGCACGACGAAAGGGAUACAAUAUGCGAUUCAGUGAACUCGCUUGUAGAAGGAUGUCGUUUGCCGGUUCAGAUGCAUGGUACCGAUGAUUGGCCUCUAGCAGAAAUAAUAAGUGUAAAAGAAGUAAAGGGCACUAAGUAUUAUUAUGUACAUUAUGUAGAUUUUAAUAAGAGAUUAGACGAAUGGGUAUUAGAAGAUUCAUUAGACACAAGAAAAGUUCAGUAUCCGAGGCGAGAUGGAACGACGCCAGGAACUGGCGCUGCGACACCAAAAAAACAAGUACCCAGCAGACCUCCUAGUCCAAGUAGUGUUAAUAGUGAACCUGUUAAUGGUUCCGCUGUAUUACAAGCAGCUUUACAAAAAAGAAUAUCUAGAAAAAGAAAAGGUACCUUUCUUGAUAAUGAAGAUUCUCAAGAAGCUCCUACGCCUGGACAGCCGACAACAGGGCCAAGGCCGACAGGUUCAUUAGUUACUCAUCAUGAUGACGUAGUAACACGAAUGAAAAAUAUUGAACUUAUUGAACUCGGCAGACAUAGGAUCAAACCUUGGUAUUUCAGUCCUUAUCCUCAAGAAAUGGUAAAUUUACCGUGCAUUUACAUUUGCGAGUUUUGUUUAAAGUACAGAAAAAGUAGAAAAUGUUUAGAAAGACAUUUAGCCAAAUGUAAUUUAAGACAUCCGCCUGGCAAUGAAAUUUAUAGAAAAGGAUCCAUUUCAUUCUUCGAAAUUGACGGAAGGAAGAACAAAAACUACGCUCAGAAUGUCUGCCUCUUAGCCAAAUUAUUUCUCGACCAUAAAACAUUAUAUUAUGAUACGGAUCCAUUUCUUUUUUAUGUUAUGACUGAUUUUGAUAGCCGUGGCUUCCAUAUAGUAGGAUAUUUUUCUAAGGAAAAAGAAUCUACUAAAGAUUAUAAUGUGGCUUGUAUCCUUACAUUACCUCCGUAUCAAAGAAAAGGAUAUGGAAAGUUAUUAAUUGAAUUUUCUUAUGAGUUGUCCAAGUUUGAAGGAAAAACAGGAUCACCUGAAAAGCCUCUUUCUGAUCUUGGUCUUCUUUCUUAUCGUAGCUAUUGGGCUCAUACGAUAUUAGAUAUAUUACUUAAUGUUAAACCUCUAGCAGAAAAUGAAAAGCCACAAAUUACAAUAAAUGAGAUCUGUGAAUUAACUUCAAUUAAGAAGGAAGAUGUGAUAUCAACAUUACAAAAUUUAAAUCUCAUCAAUUAUUACAAAGGACAAUACAUUGUUACACUAAACAGAGAUAUUAUUGAACAACAUGCACAAGCGAUGGAAAAAAGAUCUAUAAGGAUAGACCCCAAAUGUCUUCAUUGGACGCCAAAAGACUGGAGUGUCAGAGCUAAGUGGUGAAUAAAGUGAAUCAACUUGAAAAUAAAAUAAAAAAACUGAAAUUAAAUAGAAAUUAAUUGCGUUGUUUCGUAUGCUCGAUUAAGUGUACGGAUGUGUAAAUAAUAGUUUUUUUUGAGCCAUUUGUAGCAUUUCAAAUAAGUCUAUAUGUGGCUUAGUUAGAAAAGUGUCCUGUCAUUUCGUAAUAUUGUGAAUAUUUUGUUCUUUUUGCCAGAUAUCCAGUCAUUAUAGACUUAUCUGGCAUUGGAAUAAUGCAAAUUUAUAGCAAAUUGCAAUGCAAUAAGGACUCACGGGUAUAGUUAGGAUUAAUUUUUUAAUACAGUGAAUUUUUUUUAACUCAUCCUUGUAAAAUUUUUGCGCUCAUCAUCAAAAAAUUUGUACAGGAAAAUAUCAUUAGGAAAUAAUAGAAUUGUAAAUAAAUGUGAUUUUAUAUAAGUAUUGUCUUAUAAAAAAAAAGUUCCUUAACUAAAAUAAUUUGUUUUUCGGAUCGAAUCUUAUGACUUCAGGCAAUAAAUAAUAACAAAAAUUUAGAAGUUGCUUUUUUGAUGCAUAUACGUAAUGAUAAUACGUCGAUAGGUACAUAUAUAUUUAUAUUUAACAGUAACAUCACAGUGGCUUCAUAUACAAUAAAUUAUUUUAUACUUAUGACUCGUUCCGCCAACUUAUUUUCAUUUUUAUUUUCUUAAAUUAAUAGUGAAGUUAUAAAUUCGAAAAUAGACUGUUUAGUUUAAUUAUUUUUAUUGUUUUUACAAUGUCGGAG